ACUUAAAAAUCCAUCCGCAGCCCCACUUUGUUCAACGUCCAAAGCCCAAAAGAAAAGAGGAGGAGGAGGAAGAGAAGAUUGCAGUGAGAGAUGAAGCUGGUUUGGUGCCCUGAGACUGCCUCCAAGGCCUACAUCGACGCAGUCACGGCCCUCGCCGAUCGGAACCUCGAGGAGAUCAACGUCGCCGAGCUGGUCUCCGCCAUGGCUGGGGGUUGGAAAGCGCAGCUCAUCGUGGAAGCAUGGGCUCGCGAUGCCGGCGCCGCCACCGGCAUCGGGCUCCGAGCUGCCGCCAAGCACGGGCGAGGCCGCCACGUGUGCGUCGUUCCCGGAGAGCAGUCGGCGGCGGAGUACGUCGACGCGAUGCGACGGGCGGGAGCUGCGGUGGAGGCGGAGUCGGUGGUGGUGGGGGAGGCGGAAGAGGUGAUGCGGGAACUGGAGGGGGUGGACCUGAUGGUGGUGGACUGCCGGCGGAGGGACGCGGGGAGGGUGCUGAGAGAGGCGCGGCCGGGGCCGAGGGGGAUGGUGGUGGUGUGCAAGGGGGCGGGCCGGCGGCGGGGCGGGGCUGCCGCGGCGCUAGGCGCGGGGACGAGGGUGGUGCGGUCGACGUACCUGCCGGUGGGGUGCGGCGUGGAGGUGUUGCACGUGGGCGUCGGAAACGGGCCGAGCUUGGGUGGCGGCGGAGGCCGGUGGAUUAGACACGUGGACCGUGACACCAAGGAGGAGCACGUGUUCCGCCGGCGGUGAGACCGAUCGGUGUCAACCUCUUAAUCCUGUCUUUAAUCUGUUUCAGUACUCAACUAAAUCUUCUGUGAACAAGAUAUAUAAACAAGAACGCCAACAAGGUUUUGGAACUGCAAUAUUUUCUAUAAAUAAUUGCUGAGGUAUUUGUUUUUUUUUUGUUUUUCUCUAAUGUAUCCUUAUGUUAUCAAUACGGCGGUUCAAAACGUUGAUUAAAUUCUUUAAA